AGUGUCAUGUGUCAGCAAUAAUGCAGCUGUCCUCUCCUUCAACCCCACACACUUAAAAAACGAACGAACACUGCAGCCAUCUCACAGUUCCCCGGACCUUCUUACAGAUGGCCGCCAUUGUUGAUGAUGACGAGAUCAUCGUCGAGAUCCUUCCCACCAUCCGCACCUACCGCAGCGGCCGCGUGGAGCGUUUACAGCCCACCGAUUUCAUCCCGGCCUCACUCGAUCCCCCCACCGCCGUCCUCUCCAAGGACGUUUUGAUCAAUCCCUCCACAGCUCUAUCCGCUCGUCUCUACCUUCCCGCUCCUUCCACCACCAAUUAUGAUCGCCGGAGGUUCCCGGUCUUCGUCUUCUUCCACGGCGGCGGAUUCUGCAUCGGCAGCGCUUUCUCUUCCAUCUAUCACUCCUAUCUCAACUCCCUGGUCUUCAUGGCCCAAGUUAUUGCCAUCUCCGUCGACUAUAGACUCGCCCCGGAGUAUCCUCUCCCAACCGCCUAUGAUGAUUGUUGGGAGGCGAUAGAAUGGAUCAGCAGCGGAGGUUGCAGAGGAUCAGGCGAACCAGAGCCGUGGCUGACGGAAGCAGCGGAUCUCGGCAAAAUCUUCGUAGCCGGAGAUAGCACUGGAGCUAACAUAGCCCAUAAUAUAGCCGUUAGAUUGGGACAGAACAAGUUGGUGGUUGAGGGUUUGGUUCUGAUGCAUCCCUAUUUCUGGGGUAAGGAGAGGAUUGGGUCGGAGAGGAAGGAGAGGGAGGGGACAAUGCUUAAAGGAAAGGAUGCUGAUGCUCUCUGGCCAUUUGUGUGCCCGGCGACAAGCGGACUCGACGACCCAAGGGUGAAUCCGACGGAGGAGAGCCUGGCGGCGCUGGGAUGUCGCAGGGUGCACGUAAGUGUUGCCGGGAGAGAUCUGCUGAGGGAAAGCGGGAGGCUUUACUUCGGGAAAGAGGGAGGCUUUACUUCGAGAAACUGA